AAUGCCAGUAUGAGGAAGAUGUCUAUCUGUUUUGUCUAAAUUGCUUAUGUUGUUUCACUUUAAAUUCUGCCACCAGACAACCCUUUCUGUAAUGGCAGUGCACAUACUAAUACCAGACCCCUCUGCAUCACACAAUUGGACAGAUGUAUUAAGUAGCACACCAUCUGCCAAUGCAAGUAAUAUGUCAACAAGCUCAGAUGUUUCUCAAACAUUUACCAUCCCUACUCUGGAACCAAACAGUACCGAACCUCUACCUCCAUGCCUUUGGAUACUCUAUGCAGAGAUUGGUAAAUCAAAUAUUAGAGUAUGGGAUUUGAUGCUUCUCGUUCCCAAUGCCAUCUUCCUACUCUUCCUGCUUCUCAGGUCAAAGGUUGCAGUUGCAAAAUUGCGCCAAACCAAUAGACCAAUCUUUUUCACAUUCUACAUUAUGGCCUUUGUAGCAACCAUUGUUAGUGUUAUCAGAGCUAUCGUAUCAAUGAUUGUAGAUGCCACAACAGUACCAGGGGAUUUAACAGAUACAAUUCUGUGGUUAGCUGUGAGGUUUGCUCUUCUCUCCAUUGAGCUGAGUGUGGUUAUAUUUGGGAUAGGAUUCAGUCACCUUGAUAGUCGAUCCAGCAUCAUUCUCAUUCUUCUUACGACGUGUGUUAUUUCCUUCUGCUACUCAGUGGUUCAAGGCUGUUUAGAGGUUAUAUAUCCUGAUGAACACUAUGAGGAUCCUAAGGAACAUGAUAUAUUCACUCAUGGUGGUAUGAUCUUUUGGUGUGUAACCUCUUCAAUAUUUUGUCUGGCAUAUAUAAUUGUCUUCUUAUUGCCUUAUACACCUGUGAAAAAUAGAAUACAACUACCUGCAAAGAGGUCUUUUUACUGUUAUGUAGCUUCAUUAGCAUUACUCAACUUCAGUCAGGCCAUAGGAAGUGGUCUUGUUUAUGAUGAUGUCCAGCCAGCAAUAUGCCUUGUGGACAUUACAUCUUUCCUGUACUUUACAUGUUUUGCACCAUUAAUUUACAUCACAUUCCUUCAUAAUUUCUUUCUAGCAUCUAAGCAACUACUCCUGCUUUCAUAUGCAUCUCAACCUGAUGAGAAUGAUGAUGAAGCACACCACUUACCCUAUUCAGUCAGCCGGGAUGAUACAUUAAACCAGUCCCUUUAUGAUAGUACUGAGUUCGGUCAGGGCAGCCCUCCUGCAAUAUCUGGUCAACUUUCUUUUAGUAUCAAUGCUCAGAUUGAACCUGUACCACAUGAUCUUGGUGACACAAAAGGAUAGUCUUUAUUACUACUGAGAUACAAAGGACCUGAUUCACUAAUGUGUACCAAGUUAAACCAUGGUGUAAAUCAGCAGCCUUACUAUGGAAAGCCAAAUGGUACUUUAGUCCUAAACAAUUUGUUUGAUUUAUCAAUGUAUUUGAUUCUCUGUGAUUCUCUGAAUUAUUAAUAGCUAUCUGAAUGAUAACAACAAUUACCAAGAAACCAGGAGACUGUUUUAUAAAGAGUAUGACUUCAACAACAUGCACAUGAUGUUUCACAAAAAAUCUCAUUGGUCAUCACAACUCUCUAAUGCCCUUUUUGUCUCCUUGUUUCUAGUGUUGCUGUUGCAUGUCUAUGGUCUAUAUUAUGUUUGUUCCACUUUAUAUGUUUGUCAUUUUGCCUCCGACGAAGAUUCUGCUAGGAUCGAAAGCUUAGGCCCCUUUUGACUCUCUAAUUUACUCCAUUGGCUCUCUUUUAUUAGAUAAGCAGUUUUCAGCAGCUUUUUUCUGCCAAAAAAUCUCAUUGAUGAAUACACAGUAGCAUGCAUCCUCUGAACAUGAUCUGACCAAUGUGAUGAGGCUUAAAUGGUGCACGCAAUGGAAUUUAAGUCUGAUUUAAAGUCAGAUAACCCCUAGGCAAGAAGUCUACAACCUUAAUCUUUUAGAAUCAAGUGAUCUCUAAAACAAAGUGUAUAAGAAUGAUAGGAUUCUGUGGGCUAAACAUAGUUAUUUAACUCAGACUUCUCAUUCAUUUUGAAUCUGUAGGAAAGAUUCUGAAUUUUUCCUCUACAGAGAUCUUGUUUAAAUAAGAUAGAUCAAUGUCAGUUCCUAUUGUUCCUCUGUACUCCUUUGAGAAAUGAGUGUUUUUCAUAUUUUUAAGUAAAAUCAACAUAUUUUUUAUUAAGAAGAGUUGUCACAUUUGGCUACUAAUCAAUUGAACUAUAUAUUUAUACCAUGGUUUCACUUCAUUCAUCUUUGUGAAUAUUGACCAAACCAGUUUGUCCAUUGAACCAAAUCACCUUAUUUUUCUAUAAAUCUAAAUGGUAUAUACUAUAGAGAUAUAAAUAUAUUGUAUGUGUUAUACCAAGAACUUAGAUGGUACUUAUAGAAGUUAUAUUUGCGUGAUAUAAAUUAUAUUUGUUUGAAUUCUUAUUCGUACUUUGUUUUUGUUGUACUUAACGUUCACAAUUUUUGUAGGAUAGAGUGAACUUUUUGUUAUUUGUACUACAUCUUGAGUUUGUUGUACUUAUGUUCACAAUUGUCAUUCUAUAGAGUAAUCUGUUUGUUAUGUUUACUACAUCUCGAUAUUGUCACACAAGUUGAGUCUUGAAGAGUUUAAUUGUUGAUGGAACUACGAGACCUUCAACUUCAUAUUUAUGAAAUAAAAUUCAAUAAUAUUUUUUUUGGCUUGAGACUGAUAUUUUUAACUCUUAUUUCCAGAAUGUACACGUUCAUAAGAGUUAUUAUUAAAAGUACAGUGUGGGUUUCGUCGGAUUUCCACAUCAGAAUUAUGUUUAAAAAAAAAAGGAUGAAAACAAAAUCCCAGUCUUGUAAAGAUUUGAUGAAAGGAAUAUGCAUGUAACUUAACCCCAUCUAGGCCGGGGUAUUUUGGGAGUUCAUAUGGCCGGGGGGGGGGGGGGGGGGGGGGGGCCGAAAAUUGGCACGCGGGUUGUAUAGGACAUAAUCUACAAAAUUGUAUAGUAAUUUAUUUCAUGCGAAUUGCUGUUAAAUGAUUAUGCUAAUUUAUGCGUAAUUAGUAUGCGAAAACUCCCUAAAUAAAGCUCCAAAUGUUCUAAUUUUUGGUAUAGAAACUCUUUGUGGUGUUCUUAGCAAGUGUACAUGAACAAAAUUGCGAUAUCAAUUCAUUUUCUUAUGUAUUAUAUUGUUUUUUGCAAUUUCUUAUGUAUUUCUUUGUUUUUUUUUACCUUUUGUUUUUCAUUGUUUUUUCAAUGAAAUUUGUUGGGGACUCUUCUGAGACCAUAAAAAGCAUAAAAUAAAUACAUUUAGACCAGCAAAACUAAAAAUAAUCAUACAUUUAUGAUUAUUGGUUGAAAACACAAUUUGUAUUGACUUUGUACACAAAAUCACGUUUUUGAGCAAUUUUUGGUCUGACAUGCACUUACAUAAUGUUGCGUAAUUUUGGAACCACGUACCCGGGUGACACAAAAUUGGUCUCAAAAGUUGCACAAGACUUGAAAAGUAAAAAGUCAUCGAGUUGCGCGGACAAAAAAUUUCGGGGAGCGAAAAUAUUGCGCGAAUCG